ACUCAAAUCCUGUAGAGCCAAGUACAGAAAUUAUGAAUGACAAGAGAAGAAGCAGCCGGCGAAAAACUGGUUUCAAAUCAAUGACAACUUGACACCCAUCAUAAUUAAGGCCACUGAGGCCUUCAGGGUAGGCCAAGCAAAUAAGGGCCCAAUGCAUAAAUAAAUCCCCAAAUGCUCAAGCUUCAGUCUUAACUUCUUUAUUGGGCGUUGAGCAUUGACGAUCAAUUGAUUCCUGACCGAAGUUAUGGACUCUCAAUUACAUGAGCAUUCGCCCUGAUUCAAACGAGCUCCACUGGCUUAACCAGCAUCUCAUCUCCUUGUUCACUUUGAGGUCGAUGACAACCUGACAAGGACUCUCUCUUAGAGCUGUCCGAGAAAGUUCAAACUCGGAUCCAUUCAGCUGCCAAUCCACCUUUUCUCUCAAGAGACACCAUCCUAUCCUUUUGAAGAGAACUUACCAAACCAAUCAGCGGCAACGGUCGCUAAAAUUCAAGGAUACCAUGACGACCAGAGACCGCAUAUAUAUAUGGUCAAGUUCAUUAGUGGAUGGCCAGCCCUCCUGGUGAGGUGCUUGAAAGAGUCCUGAUUAAGGGGACAAUGCUGCUUCUGGUAGAGCCUCAUCAUGUUCUCUGAACGCGAUCGUGGGGUGCAAUACCAUCCCAUUGGGUCCGCUCAUGUGGGCGUGCGACGGCUCUCUGGCGUGACCGAGAGUGGAGGGCGUCAACGGCCCUCCUUGGACUGCUGUCUUAAAUGGGCGUUGCUCCUGGUUAUCGGUGUAGCAAUCUUGCUGACCGUGGUCACGAUCCAUGGGUUCUAUCCAGUGGAGGAUCCCAUUACACCCGUGUCGAUUCUGGAUAAGAUCUCGCUCUUGUUUGGCGUGCAUGAACAAUCGGCGAUCGCUGUGAUCAAUGUCGAGUUAUUCAGCAGCACUGUGUUUGUCUACGUGUUCCAUCGCCACCUCUCUGAUGGAUCGUUCCACGUGGCGUCUGAGACCAAGACGCAGAUCCUGCCCGGUCUUUUUGAUGCGGACACGCCAGCUGCUUUGGAACAACGGGUGCAAGAAUUGCUUAAAGCUGUGGUAGAAAACGUGCCGGCCUCUUGCAUUCAACGAGAAGCCACGGCCAAUCCCAAAACACCAAUAGUGUUGGCCAAGAUCUCACCAGAGAUUCUGGAUCACUUGCCUCGAGCUGAAAUUGAUCGCGUGUCCAAGCACAUCACUUUAACUUUUUCCAACGCCAGUAGCGUCCAAUUCGAUCCAGAUCUGAGUUUAGGCACGUUGUCCAAGAAUGACGCCAAAGUGCUCCAGUGGUUUGCCAUUAACUUGUUGGACCACGCUCUCAAGCGGUUCCGGGUCUCGACCUCGGCUGUUAUUCUCGAUGUGGGUGCUUCCGAUAUUGAGUUGACCUUUGCAGUGAGUAGUCGACAAACUUUACCCAGUGAGGGUGAAUAUGUGGCCACCACCCGAUUGAGUGCCUUUGGUCAUCUCAUCAAACUAGUCACGGUCCGAUAUCGAGGUUUGGGUUUAUACGACGCGCGUUUCUUUAUGCUGUCUCAACAUUCGUCCGAAAACGGAACGCUUUUUCAUAGUGAGUGCAUGAACCCUAUCUCCCAAGCUCAUUGGACCUAUAAAGGCUCCUUUUAUGAGGUGGUGGGCAAAGAAAAGCCGGAUUUUGAGCUCGUCAAAGAGCGGAACGGACCGUUUGCCGGCAAGAAGGUCAAUCGGCCGGUGGCCCAUUAUCAGCAAUGCCACAAUUUGGCCGCCAGAUAUAUCUCUUCUCACUUGCCCGAGAAAGACGCGGGUGCCAUUAAGGAUCUCGUCCGAGGUCGCAAGGUUUUCAUGGAGGGCCUGCUCUUGGAAAAGGCCAUGGGAAGAGGCUUGACCCUGCCUUAUCGGGGAGGGGACGUGAGGAUGAAACUGUUCAUCGACUCUCUGCAACACGCAUGCAAAGUACCCAAUACUGAUCAGCCAUUUGGAUGCGUGGACCUCAUGUAUUUGGCCACUAUAGUUGACAAGGCCCUGGCCUUCAAACAGGGCUCUGUUCUGUAUUCGAGUUGUGAUAUAGGAGGAAUGACGGGUGAAUGGCCUUUGGCCGCCGCAUUCCAUGUCUACGAGAACGGGUUGUGACCUCAGGCACGAGGACUCCCUUCCGUACUUAGUGGUGUUGUAUUAGCGUCAACAUUGUUAAUUGAGAAUUACGAUAUCACGUUGAGAGGACCAAAGAUAUUCAUGAAAUAUACAUCUUUUAUUAUUGAAAGAA